CUUAUACAGGCAGGAGCCAUGCUGGGGGAUACUUUCCUUCACCAAUUGCCACAUGCUUUUGGUGGUGGACAAUCCCACUCACAUGAUGACCAUCUUCAUGAUCACUCUGGUCAUUCACACGCCCAUUCAUUGGAGGAUCUUUCUGUUGGAUUGUCCAUUUUGGCUGGAAUAGUGCUCUUUCUUAUUGUUGAGAAGCUUGUGAGGUAUGUUGAAGAUUUUUCUGGAGGAGUCAUGGUCACCACCAUCAUCAUCAUAUGCACUACACAAAAUUGAAGGAUAAUAAUGAUGCUGAUGAGAAUCUCCAGGAACUGUCUCAGGAGAAGGAUGGAAUUUUAUCAGAAAAGGCAGCUGGAGUGGAUGGAGUGUCUGCUGACUCUCCCAAUGGGGAUAAACCAAAUGGAGGAGCUAUUCUACGGAAGGUAGAAUCAAUACAUGCCCCAUAAUUUGCUGUUCCAUAUUUUGCCAUGCUGAGAUUCAGUAAAGUGUUUUUCUUGUCAGGAUUACUAAAACAAAUACUGGAAAAUAAUAAUUUCAUUCAGAAUUUAGAGGGUCCUGUAAACCUUUCCUUCAGCAUAACAUGCUGUGAGGCACCAACCAAAACACAAAUAACUACUUUGUCAAGAUAAGGUUUCUUAAUGUAAUUGCUGUCAAAUUGUUUCUUUCCACUUUUCAUACUUGACUUGAACUAAAUGCAAUCAUGUGAUACAAUAUUGUACAUUAAUAAGCAAUUGCAGUUUAUGUUUAAGUAAUCAAUUUGAAAAACACUUUUGCCAAUA